AUGUGGUUUAUAUGGGGAGAAAGGAAUAUGCACUCUUAUAGUGGUGGUGUUAGAGAGACCUCGGUCUUGGUGACUCGGAUUCUCUGUUUUGUGGAGGAAGGGGAUAGAGUUAGAGGUCUCUCCCAUGACUUUGUCACCCCUUCCAAAUGGCCUUCUGCUUGGUAUCCCCUUGCUCCUGGUUUUCUAAAGCUUAACACAGAUGCUGCUAUUCCUCUAGAAGAAGAUAUUAUUGGUUUGGGAGGUGUUAUUCGGGAUCACCAUGGACAUGUGAUUGGUUGCUACUCUAUGCGGAUCAGGGGUCCUAUGUCUGUGGAUCAUGCAGAGUUAUUGGCUAUCUCGGAAGGCAUUUGCUUUGUUUGGCAUAUGAACUGGAGGAUUUCAAUGGUGGAAAUUGACUCUCUAAAGGUUGUCUCCUUGGUGGACACUUCUUCUCCUUUUGCUUCCUUGGCUCCUAUUGUAGAUGAAGUUCGUGUUGGUCUGAGUAUUACUGGCUACUCUAAAGUUUCUUAUAUAAGACGCACUGGUAAUGGUGUUGCUCACUCCUUAACUAAGUCGGUUGACUAUUUAUCCUCUUGUUUUUUGUUUGUUUUUGUCCCUUUGUUUUUGAGAUAG